CUUAAAAAAUAUUUAAAAUAAUAACAAAUUCAAACUGGUUGCAACUGUAAAUGCUUGUUUGUGCAUUUGACAACUAUUUGCGUUAUUUUUGACAUUUUGUAUUGAGUGUAAACAUUUUAAUCGGUGUUUUUAGGCCGAUCAGACGUUGCUUUAGUCACUCACGUUCGUUGACAGCUGUUUGACAACUGUCAAAACGCGUUAAAUUUUAAAUCUUAAAGCGAUUAAAAAUGUCUUAAGUGCGUGAUUAUGGCCACUUAUCUCACCCCAAAUCGGCACGGCUACAGCGUUCGGUUUUCCCCUUUCAACCCUGAUCGUUUGGUGGUGGCGACAAGUCAAUAUUUCGGCUUGGCCGGUGGUGGCACCCUUUUCAUCUUAGAUUUGACCCCCGAGGGCAAGCUUAUCGAGAGCCAGACUCACCAAUGGUCCGACGGGUUGUUUGACGUCGUUUGGUCCGAGUCUAGCCCCAACCUCGUGGUGAGUGCGUCCGGAGACGGCGGUUUGCAACUGUGGGACUUGUCGUCCCCUAACAGCCCCCCUGUCACACUAUGGGAGCACAAGAAGGAGGUUUACUCGCUGGACUGGUCGCGGACGCGGCAGGAGCAACUCAUCUUGAGCGCGUCUUGGGACUGUUCCAUCAAAUUAUGGGACCCCAACAGACAAUCAUCAAUCAGCACCUUCUGUGGCCACUCGCAGCUGGUCUACAAUGCAAUGUUCUCGAAUCAUAUGCCCAACUGUUUCGCCUCGGUGUCGGGAGACGGGACUUUGAAGCUCUGGAGCACGCUGAACCCCCAGAGCCCCACGUCGUCGUUCCGAGUCCACGACGCCGAGGUCCUCGCCUGUGAUUGGUGUAAAUACGACGAAAACAUGCUAGCGACGAGCGGCUCAGACGGACUGAUUCGGGGGUGGGACAUUAGGAACUAUACUCAACCGGUGUUUCAACUGAAAGGGUGCGAGUACGCGGUCAGGAGGGUGCAGUUUUCGCCCCAUAACGCCGCGGUUUUGGCCUCGGUCAGUUACGACUUUACGACGAGAAUCUGGGAUUUUAAACAGGGUUGUGACGCUUUAGAGACUAUUAAGCAUCAUUCGGAGUUUGUGUACGGACUGGAUUGGAAUACUCACAGAAAGGGGCAACUGGCCGAUUGCGGGUGGGACAGUUUGGUUCAUGUUUUUACCCCAAAAUGCCUCGAUUGUUAUAACUGAAGACUGGAGUCAGUUCCUAACAUUUGACCAAGUGGGUUCAAUGUACGAAAAAUAACGGCGUGUGAAUGAAACUUGAAUACAGGAAAGUCGAUCUGAAAGGUUUUUCAUUCAUACGACCCUUGAGCUAAGUUAAAAAUAAUGUUGAUUUGUUUUAUGGGUUUCAUGACGAAGACUGACAUGUCUCUAAAUCGUUUUUAACCGUAAUUUGUUGCUUUUAUUUUUUAUAUUUGUAUUGAAAAUUCUGAAAUAAAUUUGUAAAAA